GUGUGUAUAUGGAAGUCGUUCUCUGCUGCUCUUUCGGCGCUGUUUUAUAUGGUCAUGGUGUAUUUGUUUUUCCUCCCCCUCGACUUCAACUGAACACAUCCUAUCACCUAAUAGUUGCGUAAUCACUCCUGGCGACCAAGCAUUUUUGAUGUAGACCCAGACUAAGUCUCCUGGUGUGAAGGGUGCUGGAAUUUUCCUAGAUAAAUGUUGGCGUUGUUUGUUUUGUAGAGUUGUUUGUUUAAGGCGCAACUUAUCAAUUUGAGUGCGCAUCUCCCUUUUAAACAUUAAGGCUGAGGGGGACUCUCCAAUGUGGGGUAAGGGCGAAGCCCGAUAUUCUUUUAGCAAUAUUUGUAUUGCUUUUUUCAUAUCAUGUUUUUCCUCCAAUAAUUUUUUCAUUCCCCUUUUAAAUGUUUGCACUGCUUUUUCAGCAAUUCCGUUUGAUGAGGGAUGGUAGAUAGGGCUUUUCACAUGACUUAUGCCCUCCUCAAAUAAAAAUUGUUCUAUUUCAACUGAACAGAAUUGGGGCCCGUUAUCAGUAACAAUACUUACGGGGUUGCCAAACAUUGAGAAUAUAUUUGUUAGGGCGUUUAUUAUAACAUGUGAAUUAGUGGAGGUUAAUUGUGUGACCCAAAUAUAUUUUGUAUAAACGUCUACAACUAUUAAAAAGUUUGUAUUCCAGAUAGGACCUGCCAAGUCGGCGUGUAAACGUUCCAUUGGUAAUUUAGCCUGCGGCCAUUUAUGUUUAGGGUCUAAUUUUGGUGGUUUAUGUGCAUUUGUUUGGCAGAUUUGGCACGCACUUAUAUAUAAUUCUACGUCUUUGCCAAAGUUUGGCCACCACACGAAUUUUCUCCCUCUACAUUUGGUUCGCUCA